AUGAGUUAGAGGAAAUUGUUCAGAUACUACAUCGAUCAAAGCAUUCAAUAGUAAAAUGAAUAGAAAUUGUUUCUGACAAGAGUCAAUAGGUGGAGAUUCAACACUUUGGACAAAUCAAAUUUCUUGAAAUCCACUAGGCCCAUCAAACCCAUACUAUUUGGUUUAGCUUGUUUGGCAGUUUAUGAUUGGACAUACGGCUUUUAUCGUAUUGAUGAACAUCAUUGAUUUAUUAUUAACAAUAAAUAUAUAAUUAU